GCUUUCAACGGUGAACAAUGGGUUGUUGGUGAGGCCGCAAGGAUGUUUGGGGAGCGGCAUCCUGAGCGAUGCAUAUUCGAGGUUAAGCGCCUGAUGGGGCGAUCUUUCCUCGAUCCCAAGCUCACCCAACUGAAGGAGCUUUGGCCUUUCGAGGUGCUGGCUGCGCCAGGUGGCGGUGUUCUCGUUCGAGUUCCCGGCGCAUCGGGUAAUACUAAGGAGUUGUUCGAGCCGGAGGAGAUUUCGGCGAUGCUGCUGAAGGAGAUGAAGAAGAUCGCGGAGAAUUUCUUGGGCGGUGAUACGAUCACAGAUGCGGUGAUCACUGUGCCCGCCUAUUUCAACGACAGCCAACGGGAAGCGACGAAGAAGGCCGGUACUCUGGCGGGGCUGCACGUGCUCCGUCUGAUGAACGAGCCCACGGCAGCAGCGGUGGCGUACGGAUAUCAGCGCUUGAUAGGCAAAGCAUCCGCGGGGAAAAAGAUAAUGGUCUUCGAUCUGGGUGGGGGGACGUUCGACGUAUCAAUCAUAGCCGUGAGGGAGGGAGCUAGGGAGGAGUGCGACUUCGAGGUCCUAGCGGUGGAAGGAGAAUCGCAUCUCGGAGGCGCCGACUUCGACCACGGGCUGAUGAUGCAUGUGGCAGCGGAGUUCGAGCGUCAGACCAAGCAGAGCAUCCUCACCGAUCGCCAGGCUCGUGCUAUGCUGAGACAGGCCGUCAUAUCUGUAAAGCACGCCCUUUCCUUCGAGGAGGAUGUGGAUAUCGAGUUGGAGACCCGCGGAGUGGAGUUCAGCAUGUCCAUCGACCGUUMCACCUUCGAGUCCUUGAACGGAGAUCUCUUCCGGAAGUGUAUCGCCGUCGUCGAGAAGGUUCUUCGCGGUGCGGGCAUCGGGAAGCACGAAAUCUUGGAGGUGGUUUUGGCGGGAGGCUCGACGCGGAUACCGAUGGUAAGAGAGCUCCUCACGAAGUUCUUCGACGGGAGGAGGCCGUUGCAGACCGUCCAGCCGGACGAGGUGGUGGCAUACGGGGCGGCGGUGCAGGCAGGACUCCUGGGGCCUGGUCUGAGGAACGAUGACAGGCCCACCAUAGCCAUCUCCGAGAUUACCUCGUUAAGCAUCGGUGUAGAGAUCGGCUUAAACGAAAUGUCUAUCAUUAUACCGAAAGGUUCUCCUAUUCCUGCGAAAGGAUCUAGAGGGUACUUCGCCGGAGCGGACUUCGAAACCAAGCUGACGUUCAAAAUCUAUGAAGGGGAACGUGCUCUUUGCCGCCAUAACCGGUACUUGGGCGAAUUCGUUCAGGAAGGCUUCCUCCCUUCGCUGGCAAACGGGAGAACGAUGUCGCAGGUGGCUAUGGAAGUGAACUACGAUGGCAUUCUUUCUGCGACAGCGGAAGCGAAAGCGAAUCACGUGGAGGUUGGAAGCAAGGUGGAAUGCCGCACAGUCCUCCGCAAGGACAACGCCCUUGCUGCGGCGGUUCCCAGCCAGGCCGAUCUCGAUUGGGAAGCGAAGGAUAAGGCUUUAAGGGCGACUUUCCAGUCGAGAAGAAAGGUCCGAUGUCUAGCGUGGCAGAUCCGAGAGAAUCAAUUUCGGAAUAUGUCUGAAGCGCAAAAAGCUGAGCUCGUCGCGAAGCCGAUGCUGCGGGCGGCAGGGUCGCAGGCUUUCAACUGGCGCAGGCAUAUUGUCAACUCUGGGAAUGCUGUUUUGUUUUGCCUUGGGAAGCCGCCUGUGACGUUGGGUAUGUUUCCCAACUACAUCCCGGAGCAGGCGGCGUGCGGAGUAAGCUUCAACUACAAUGCCGGAUUGGCGGACCCUGACGUGGCAGCAAGGAUGGAUUGGAUGGGGACGGGACCUAUCGCCAACGAAAGGAAGGACGACGGAGACGAUGGUGACGGAAGGUCGUGAGAGUCGUCGUAGUGGCACCUCCUCGCCUUAUCUCUGUGCUGAGCGGAAGGUCCCGCAGUUGAUGGCGCCGCGUCCGUCGUCCUUCGUCCUUCGUCCGCUGAGAGAGACCGGGGGGGUGGGGGGGGGAACAGAAGGUGAGGGUGGGGAAACGGAAUGCAGGGGGGUUGGAGGGGUUGCCACGUCUGCCCGGCGGGGCUUUGUUUGUGGACGGGCGCUGUGCUGGUGUUGCUGGUUGUCGGUGUGGUUGGACUACGUAGCUGUUUAUGUGCCGCGUGCUAUAAAAUGGAAGCCAUUAUGAAAAUGGCACCUUUUUUUUUUUCAAAAUAAAACAACGUCCACAUG